AUGAUCCGUGGGACUACUGUUCGCUCCGCUGCCAAGCUUGCCGCUCCUCGCCGGAUGCUCCUGACCGCCACCGGCGUCACCAAGUUCACCACCCUCUCCAACGGGGUCACCGUGGCCACUGAAACCAACCCCCACGCCACCGCCGCCUCCGUCGGGUUGUACUACGGCGCCGGGCUGAGAUCGGAACACACCUUCUCCAACGGGAUCUCGGCGUUGACCAACAACAUCUUGGCGUCGAAGGCCACCCCCGGCGUCUCGUUGGCGGCGUUGAACGCUCGCGAAUACAACGGGGUCAUUGCCCAGGUCACCAACGACAACGUCGCCCUCGCCGCCGAAACCCUUUCGGAAAUCAUCAACCACGCCCCCGAAGUUGUCGCUCAAGCCAACUUCGGUGCCGAAAAGGCUAAGUUGACCGCCGAAGCCGCCGCCGUCGAAAACGACCCCAACGCCAAGGUCGCUUCCCACCUCGUCGCUACCGCCUACCAGGGCUACUCGCUCGGGUUGCCCAUCCACGGUACCCCCGAAUCGAUCCCCGGUUUGCAAGUGGAAGACGCCCAACGCGUGCUCGACAAGCAAUUGGUCUCGGCCAACACCGUUGUCGCCGCCGCCGGUAACAUCAACCACGACCAGCUUGUGGAAUCGUUGGAAAGAAACCUCAAGAUCUCGCAAGGCCUCAAGCCCGCCACCCAGCCCGCCACCUUCUUGGGCUCGGAAGUGAGAAUGAGAGACGACACCAUGCCCAAGGCUUACAUCUCGAUCGGUGUCAACGGUGAAGCCCUCAACUCGCCCGAAUACUACGUGGCCAAGGUUGCCGCCAAUGUGUUCAACCUGUUCAACCAAGACUCGACCGUCGCCCACUACACCUCGCCCAAGUUGGCCUCGAUCGUGCAAGAAUACCACAUCGUCGACAAGUACACCCACUUCUCGCACUCGUUCGCCGACGCCGGGUUGUGGGGUUUCCAAGCGGAAAUCUCCAACGUCGGCUCCAUCGACGACUUCGUCCACUUCACCUUGAAGCAAUGGAACAGAUUGUCGACCACCAUCGGUGACGCCGAAAUCGCCAGAGCCAAGAACCAAACCAAGGUGGAAAUCUUGGCCGCUUUGAACACCCCCAACGCCGUCGCCAACGACAUCGCCUCGAAGAUCUUGUUGGCUGGCUACAGAAACUCCGUCCACGAAGCUUUGGAACAAAUCGACGCCAUCAACACCGAAAAGGUCAAGCAAUGGGGUAGAAAGAAGUUGUGGGACAAGGACAUCGUCAUCUCGGGUACUGGCCAAAUCGAAGACUUGUUCGACUACAACAGAAACAGAAACGAAAUGGCUGCCCUCAGAUUCUAA